AUGUUCUACCUUAUCCUCUCCGUCUACCUGCUCGGUGGUCUGACCUUCAUCCCAAUCAUCAUCAUCACCAUCGGAACUAGUCUCUACUACUUCUCACCGACGAAACAGACUGUCCAGAGCUCAUCAUCAUCCGAAUCAGCACCACUUAACCCUCAGGAGGACCAGGAUCAAAGCACGAAGUAUGAGCCCGACUCAGAACUACCCAGGUUAUACCGUGCAGGCUGGCUGACAGUCAGACAGACCUACGAGCCCUCUCAAAACUCAGAGAAUACCUACAUGGGACUACUCACGAAUAGCUACAGAAACUUCAUGGACCAGCGCUCCAAGGACGCAAAACGGAUCAAACCCAAGGACCGAUUCUACGGGGUACUUAAACAGAACGUCCUGUUCUUAUACCAGGAUGAGGAUCAGGUAGACUGCACGGCUGCCAUCCAAGUCUCACUCUAUAAUGUCGACCUCUAUCCGACUGGCUGUCCGGAUGGUGAAUUAUUCGUCAAAAAGAAAGCCAUCUGUCUCCAACCAAUCAUCCAACCUCAUCACGAUUCAGUGAGAUCCGAACAGCCAGAUCAUCAUCAUCAUCAACCGGGUAGACCGGCUGCCUGGUUCCUAUUCACAAAGAAUAACCUCGAAAAGGAAGAUUGGUAUCACAUCCUACUCGCCUCCUCAAAAUUAAACGGUCCAGAUUCAAAAUCUACCUUCCAAAAGGAUGCAUCCCUAUUCGACUCUCAAGAUAUGGCCAAGUUGCUCGAAGGAAUCGAUCAGCAACCCGAUCCGAUCCCGAUGCGAUGGAUGAACGCCAUGCUCGGUAGACUCUUCCUAUCCAGCUACCGUACUCACGCCUUGGAGAAUUGGAUCAUCGACCGGAUUAUGAAAAAACUCGCCAAAGUUCAAACGCCUACCUUUCUCUCGGCUAUCAACGUUCGUGAGGUCAACGUCGGCUCGACCACACCAUUCUUCAGUAAACCGAUGCUCAAGGAACUUACCAUCGAUGGAGAUGCGAGCAUGGAAGUAUUGGUCAGCUAUAAAGGCGAAUUUAGGAUCACCAUCGAAACAGUUGCUACCAUCAAUCUAGGCGCGCGCUUCAAACCUUAUGUCGUCAACUUGGUCCUCGCAGUCGUCCUCAAAGAGCUCAGCGGUACCUUACUCCUCAAGAUCAAGAGACCACCAACCAAUCGACUCUGGUUCGGCUUCACAGCCAUGCCUCACCUCGUAUUCGACCUCGAGCCGGUCGUCUCCACUCGUCAGAUCAAAUGGGCACUGGUCUUGAAGCCAAUCGAAUCUCGUAUCCGUGAAGUGGUCAUGGAGUCAAUUGUUUACCCGAAUCUAGACGAUCUGGUGUUCUUUGAUACUCAGCCAUAUACCCAUCACGGUGGGAUUUGGGGUGAUGCGGCUAGGAAAGAAAAAUCGGCGCACGAUGGCCAAGACGACCAAGGCGUCUCAGAUGGGUCUACCAGUACAGAAGAAGUCAAGACAAAAACUAAUGAAUCAUCCCCGACUCACAAAAAGUCACACUCAGAGCCUCAUCAGCAGCCUGCUCCACAGACCACAAAAGCCUCGUUAAACACCGCUCGGGAAGAGAACAACCUCUCACAGGAUACGAUGAGGCAGAGAACUGUCAAGAAAAACGUCACUGGAUCUGAAGAGUCGUCUGAAGCAGUGGUACCCACACCGACAGCUGAAGAGUCGAUUGAUAGCUCUCCGACCCUUUCGCUCAAUCCACCAGAAAAUAAGCGUAGUAGCUGGUUUUCAACUACGCGCCGUCAGGAUACUGUGUCGACCCAAUCCAGUCAGGCCUCAGCAUCUCGCAAUCAAACCAAAGCUCGUUCGGCGCAGCAACAGCCUUCCGAUCUGGAGGAUGGAGAUGCUGUAGCCAAACUCCAGAAAUUCCUUCGCUCGCACCCUGAAAGUAGCACUUCUUAUCCGCCAACGCCCAAUCUGGACGGCAAACCGACAGUGCCCCGUGUAUCCGAGCCUGCAAAUAUUGACGUCACAUCAGCUUCCAGUCCAAGCAAUCAUCUGGCGGACCUCGCCGAAGAACCUAUAACCCCAGCCCAACCUGUUCAGAGUUCCUCUCCACAACUAAUCGAUGAUCUAACCCAGCAAGACAACACAUCUAGUCCUCCAGUAGCUCACACUUUUUCUAAUCAAUCUUCAGAAGACAAUCCUUCACCCCUUCGACGUCUUCCUCCCCCUCCUCGUCAAACACUGCCCGCCACUUUCUUACCACCCCCGAUCCGAAAUACAUCUAAUCUGCGGUCGGCCAACUCGACUAUUACCCAUACGGCGACGAACCAAUCAACAUCUUCAAAUUCCAUUCUCAAUCAACUGCGCACACGAGCGACAGACAAGGAAGCCCUCGCGGCCAGCGUGACCCAGGCACGUGAUGUGGUGAUCAAGUGGGGUGCAGCCUGGGCUUCCAAGCGCAAAUCCCCUCAAGCCGGCCACAUCCACCCUUACAAUAACGGAUUCAACCCGAUCUCGAUUGACCAUGUCCAGAACUCCCACGAGGACAGGUCUUCUUCGAUAGAGGCUGACACAAACAACCACAGGCUGAGUUCUCUGACCGAGCCCGUUGAUAUGGACUUCUCCCCGAUCUCGCUCCGGCCGGCCGACGAGUCAAGUCUAGCCCAGAACUCAUCGAGUGACACACACCCAGCCGGCGACAACGAGGCCCAGAAAUCAAAGUCGUACCGUGCCCAUCGGGCCCGCCUGGGUGCGGGCAAGGCCAAAAGCGUCGAUCUCUCCUCCCCGCAAUCGAAUUCGCAGCUGUCUCGGUCCGGCUCCCCGGUCCUCGAUCAUUCCUCCACUUCUCAUCUUCGACCCAAACCCAGUACCUCCAAGCUUCUUGCCUCCCCCGCCCCAAGUGUCACCACCGAAGAAGUCCCCUCUUCGGUCGGCAAACGUAAUCGUAUCUUCUCUUCUAACGGUCAGUUCAUUCCCGCCGCGCCUCAAUCUACGACUGGAUUAAGCUUCCCUUCUGCCCAGCCCGAGGGUAUAUCUGAAAAAACUGAGUCUAAACUCUUAGUUCCUGUACUAGACGAUCGAUCGUCGAUGACUUCGAGUCCGAUAAACAUAGAGUCAAUUUCUCCGAACCCUCCGCCUCCAACAACCACGAUCACCACGACGGUGACCAAAGCAGCGCCUGGGAUUCUGUCCGAACGGGCGAGUUAUAAGCCAGCGCCGAUGAUGAUGAUCCCAGGGAUAAAGGAUUCGAGUCACCGGUUCGGAAUCGGCUCGGACUCGCUCACCACCCAGCUGCAGCUUAGCCCGAACUCCGAACCGGCUAUUCCCAGACCGGUCGUCCUGAACGGCUCCUCCUCCUUGGGAGUCGUUCUUGCAGACAAUCGGGACGUCGUGGCUUCUGAUCCAGCCAUAGCACAAGACCGGACUGAGCUCAAUAGGACCGGGCUUGUCGGCGAUGAGGCGGGUGGUCUUGGACAAAAGGUACUAUCGCAACUCGAUCUGAAAGCCUCAUUUGCGCAGGCUGGGGAACAGAGAGAGUUGGCUGUGGGAGCCGCCCCUAAAGACGAUUGUCAGGACAACAAGACCACCGCCGACCUGGUCGACCAGCCCUGUCCUCCACUAUCUUCCUUAGCCGACCUCCCAGACCGUCCUGUACCCCCUCGAGUCGAUCUUUCCAUCAACCGUUCCCCGCCUCACGCCCCUCUUCCUCCAUCCCCAUCCGCCGCUCACACCGACAACAUCAUCGUCUCCAAGACCAACCUUGACGAAGAGACAAAUAACAACAAUAAUGAUGAUGACCAUAAUAAUGACACCGAUGGACACGUCGACGCUCACAAAAACACUGCUCCGGAUAAUGUCGCCCGAUCGGAUGAUGUCGCAGAUUCACUUUCGCCUGUCGAUGCCGCUUGGGGUAUAUAA